UUGGUAUGGCAACACGGUUAGUUUUUUGUGUAAAUUCUUUUUGUACGUGAUGUGCAGUUUUACGAAUUUUAUUUAAUUUCAUUUUCUUUAGAAAAAAUGUAAAAAUUAGUGCAUAAAAUAGUUUUAAAAACUUUUUUAAUAAACUAAAAACUUAAGAUUUAUUUCAAAUACUAUUAUUUUGUCAAAAUGUCCUAACUAAGCAUGUAUAAAACUUUUAAUAACACAUUUAAAAGCUGUGUAUAUUAUAAUUGUAAAUUAAGUAAACUAAAAAAAAACAUCUAACAAACGUCUAAGGAGGACGUUCUUUAAAACGACACCAUUGUUUUGUUUUAUUUAAAAAAAAGAAAAACUAAAAGAAUUAAAAAAAAAUUGCUAAAACGACGUAAAUUAUAAAACAUCCUCAACCACUAGACAUGACCGAUAAGGAAAUGCAGGCUCAUGACAAUGUCAGAUGGCGUAAUUGGUCUCGUGCUGCUACACUUUAUGAUCAAAUUCUAUCCUCUCCUUCGCUAGUUAGUAAUCGUGCUCAAAAAGAACGUCAUAUUAUUUGUCUGCUGGGUCGUUGCGAGUGCCUAUUGGAAUUGGGCAAAUAUGAGUCCUGUCUAAACGAUGCCCGCAAUGUUUUGUCAAUGCUGAGUGAACAACAGACAGAUUGUUUGGCCAGUAUUUCGCGGACCAGACGAUGGCUCGUGCAUGCUUUGUGUAAAUUAAAAAAAUAUACGGAGGCCGAAAAGCUCUUAAACGAAUGGAUAGCUGAACUACAACCACAGCAGGGCUUUGGUGAUAUUUGCAAGACUUUGGAACGCUAUAAGUCCGUCAUACAAAUGCUUAACGGUGGCAAUAAAUCAACGCAGAAAAUUAACAAUGCCCGCUUAGAAGAUGAAAUGACUAUACUCGAUACAAAACUAGAUCAUUGGGCCACAAAUAAUCUGCCUCUGGAUAAAUACAGCAAACCGCUCAGUAAUAAAGGUGUCAAGAAACGUGAGAAUCCCACACAAAAUGGUGCCAGCAACAACAUAACAGCGGUAAUGCAAAAGAACACCGAUCUGUUGGCCGCCCUCAAGGUAUCGGGCAGUAAUAAGUCGAUAAGCGAUGAGAGUGUGGGUGGUGAGAAUGCCAAUAGCACUACCUGUUCAUAUUGUGCUAUAACAUUUGGCUCACGCAAUGAGCUGAGGCAACAUUGCCAGACCGAGGCUCAUCAAAAUGUGAUUAUGUCUGAUGAGGGACGAGAUUGGAAGUGGAGACCACCUCCUCGUGGCUUUACCUUGGACUCUUAUAGUCUUUGUGAGUCUUGGAGCGAAUCGCAGUUGUGUCAUUAUGGCAAUCAAUGUGUGGAGGCCCAUGGCGCGGAUGAACUGAACGAGUGGAAAGAUCGUUUCGAAUACAGACGAAUGCGUGUGCAAAAAGCUUGUGAGAAGGAGCUUUAUGGCAAAUCGUACACGGAGCUGGUAUUAGAAAGGUGGAUACAAUCGACUGUGCCCGAAAAAAUCAUGUCGGAAAAGUUGGACGGCAUAGAGGCACAAUGUGAACAGGAUUUAGUAACCAGUAUAAGUUCAAAGACCUCCAAGCGAGAAUGGGUAUUUAUUUUAAGAACAAACAAUAAACCCUUAAAGGCGGUGGCCCUGCUACAAGAUGCUCACCGCAGUCAUUUUGCUAUAAAAACCAUUAAAACGGGAGACACCACUAUUGAGUUGGAUGUAAAAACCAAUCAAGAAUGGGUAUCCAACAAACACUCAUCUUCUGCCUCAGCCACUUCCUCGGUUUCAUCGUUAUUAAACUGUUCGGUGGAUAAGGAGGAGCCUACAAAAAAACCUUUGGAAAAUUCAGAUGCCUCCACUGCCCUGCAGUCGCUAAUGGAACAUCAGGUGACCCUUGAAUUUCACACCGAAAUCUAUGGUACUUUUCGUCAAGCCGUAUGUUUCGAUUUCGGUUCCGAGCCAUUGCUGGUAAGACACCUGUGUGUAGAUGUGGUACCGGUCAGUGAUGCCGAAAAGAUCGAGGAAAUACGGCGUGAUAUCAUUAAUAGUUCGGCCACCAGAUGGGAUGUUUCCAAUACACAAUUGGUAAAAUUUGAGACCACCAUAGGAUCUCACAUGAAGACUGAAGGUUAUCUCAAUGAUUUGAAGCAUGAAAAGGAAAUGCUAGAGCGUUAUCCCUGCCCUCGGGCUCAAACAUUUACCCUCACCCAGUCCACCAUAUUGGACAAACGCUUGACUCAAAACAACUAUCGUUCACGCAUACAUGAGCUGCUGUAUGUGGAGGAAAUUGCACGCUACGAACAAAUUGCACGUUUUAAUUUACGCACCAAACUGGGCGUUACUUCCAAUUAUAUCUUAACCCCCGCUGGCAUGGCUACAAGUACCGCCAAGUACUCGUUGUCCGGAGAAUUGUUUGCUUUAAUGCAUUUGGGGAAAGAUGUCUCAGAAGAUACUUCAGCGGGCCGUUUAAUUCUGUCCAACUGUUCCAGUGUUUAUAUCUCACCCGUCGAGGAAGCGAUGGUACCCACAAAGGAUAAGAAACGUCAUGUUUACGAGGCUGUCAUAGAGGAUAAGGGUAAAAAUGUGAUCUAUUUGAAGUUGGGUUCCAAAUGUGUGGAGGGCAUGCAGUUAAAGUCGGACACCGAUAUACUGGUGGACAUACAGUUCCAAUUGAAUCGUCUGCCCUAUUGUGAAUGGCAUCAUGCUGUCGACAAGAUAACCGAUUUUAAAAUUAUCUUUCCUGCCACUGAAAUUGAACCCAAUAUACCUUGGACGCCCAAAAAACAAUGGUCCGAGACCUGUGAGCCCAAAUUAAAUGCCAAACAAAGAGAGGCCGUGAAUGCUAUUACCACAUCGUUAAGCAUAAAGCUGCCGCCCAUCUUGCUAAUAGGUCCAUUUGGCACGGGCAAAACAUACACCUUGGCGCAAGCUAUAAAACAGUUGUUAACACAGCCAGAGGCAAAAAUUUUAAUUUGUACCCACUCCAAUUCGGCAGCAGAUUUAUACAUAAAGGAAUAUUUGCAUCCCUGGAUAGAGGCGGGCCUGGAAGAGGCCACUCCUUUAAGAGUGUACUAUCACAAACGUUGGGUUGCCACGGUCAAUAGUGUAGUUCAAAAGUAUUGUAUCAAUGAUGGCGCUGGUAACUUUAGGCGUCCCACCGUGGAGGACAUAAUGAAACAUCGUAUUGUGGUGGUCACUUUAAGUAUUUCCAUGGAACUGGCCAACUUAGAUCUCCCUAAAGGUUAUUUUACCCACAUAUUCCUCGAUGAAGCUGCCCAGGCUAUGGAAUGUGAAGCCAUUAUGCCUUUAGCUCUAGCAAAUGACAGUACACGCAUCGUACUUGCUGGUGAUCACAUGCAAAUGAGUCCCGAACUAUUCUCUGCUUUCGCCAAAGAGCGCAAAUUACAUAUAUCUCUGUUGGAGCGACUGUACGAUCACUUUCCUUCAAACUUUCCCUGCAAAAUACUCUUGUGUGAGAACUAUCGCGCCCAUGAAGCCAUCAUUAAAUUCACUUCAGAACUAUUUUACGAACAAAAACUAAUAGCUUCGGGAAAACAACCCAGACACGAGAAAUUCUACCCGCUGACGUUUUUCACCACACGGGGUGAAGAUGUUCAGGACAAGAAUUCGACUGCUUUCUAUAACAAUGCCGAGGUGUAUGAGGUUGUGGAACGGGUAUCAGAAUUGCGCAAGAAAUGGCCUAAUGCAUGGGGUAAAAUGAAUGAUGCCAGCAUAGGCAUUAUGACUCCCUAUUCCGACCAGGUGUUUCGCAUACGUUUGGAGUUGAGAAAACGUCGCAUGGGUGGUAUUUCUGUUGAACGUGUACUCAAUGUCCAGGGUAAACAAUUUAGGGCAGUAUUCCUCUCCACUGUACGUACAAGAAGAACGUGUUUGCCAAAUAAUGUUACGGGCUCUGCGCCAGGAUUUCCUGGUCAGGCGAAUAACUCUACCGAAGAUGCUGACUAUGGCUUUUUAAGCAAUUCAAAACUGUUGAAUACCGCCAUAACCAGAGCUCAAAGUUUGGUGGCUGUAGUGGGCGAUCCCGUAGCCUUGUGUUCAAUAGGCCGCUGCCGCAAAGUAUGGGAACGUUUUAUUGAAAUUUGUGAUGAAAAUAAAUCUCUAUUUGGCUUAACCAUGUGGCAGUUGCGCUCCCAGUUGGAUGGUGUAGAGUUGAAACGUGGCUAUGUCUUAAAUCCUCUGGCACCCGAGUUCAUACCUCGUUCCUUGCAACCCGAGGCAUAUCUUAGAGAUCAGGCAGCCAUGUAUUUAGCCAUGGCUGCAAACAAUCAUCAUCCCAUGGGACCUCAUCCAGGUCACCAUCAUGGUCCCGCGGGUAUGGGAGGUCCUCAUCCCAGUUUAUUGGCACCAGGUGGCGCCGGCCAAAUGCCUCCUCAUCAUGCCGCUCAACAAAUGCCUCAUAUGUACGGUCCUCAUACUGCAGCGGCUGCUGCCUACAAUGCCGCCGCGGCAGCAGCAGCCGCCAUGAUGAAUCAGGGCAUGGUUGCCGGCAAAGGUGGACACCACUUCCACGGCCAUCCCAAUCAUAUGCCCAUGCGAGCAAUUGGUCCACCUCCCUCAGCCGGAGGACCACAACAGCAGCCCCAGCCACCUCCUCCCAUGAGUGGGCAACAGUUUAACCCCAGAGGUCCUCCACCACCAGCCGUACACUUGGGACAACCACCUGCCCCAGGAGGAGCAAAUCAAUUCUCGCAAUAUUUGCCCUGGCAACAUGCCCCGCAACAACUGCGUCCCCCUGGAGCAGGGGGUAAUUUUGCUGCUGGAGCAGGUCAGCAACCUGGAGUACCAACGACACAAAACCCCAAUGCCAGCCUAUGGGGACCUCCGCCACAAACAAAUCCCUGGACUGUGCUACCAAAACAGUCUCAAUUGCAGCAACAGCAAUCCUCGAAUGCCUCAGGCGCAAAUGGCCGACCCAUGCCACCGCAACAAACUGCGCAGAAUAUGCGAGGCAAUAGUGUGCCUUUGCAGCCACCGCCACCCCUGCCAAAUCAGCAGCAACAACAGCAAAUGCGCAAUAAUCCCAAUGAUUUGGGUUUCUUGGCCAAUAAGGCACUGUAUGCAGGCAAACAACAUCCCGGUCAACAAAGUAACCAAGUACCACCACCCCAAGCGCACGCCAACUUUGCUGGCUUUGGACAGGGUAAUGUUCCCCCACCACCGCCUGCCAACCAACUGCAGUUGAUGAAUCAAAGAAGUAUGAGUGGUAUACCGAACGGUCCCAUUAGCCCCAUGGAUCCCUUUAUGCCGCGGCCACCUACAACGGGAGGUGCUCCCGGUCAAAAUGCAUUUUUUGGACAAAACAACAUACCAGGACAACAACUUAAAGAUAAAGACUUUCAAUUUCUUAACAAUGUGCAUGUGCCCCUCAACAUUGGCGGCAGCAUGUUUCAAGCUCAACCUCCUCCCAAUGCCAUGGUGGGUUCAGCUAAUAAACAACAAUCUCCUACGGCUUUAAGGUUUCCCCAACCGCAUGAAUAUGCCUCUCUGUUGCCGCCAAAUGUCAAUAUUUACGAAAUGGCCUUUGAACCUAAAGAAUCCCAAUAUAAAUGGUACUUAAAACUAUUGGAGACUCAGGGCCAAGAAGCUGCCAACAAAUUCACCGAGGUCCUAAGACAGGUCAGUGCAAUGAUGCAGCAGCAACAACAACAACAGCAGCAGCAGCAACAACAGCCGCCCCAGGUAAAUAAGCCACCACCACAGCACUUGCAACAGGCAUACAUGAAUGCUGGCGCUAAUUCAGGCGGUCAGCCGGGCCAGCAGCAAUUAAUGCCGCGUGACAACUUUAUGCAGCCCCUCAUGAACUACCAACAGCAGCAGCAGCAACAACAGGCUCAACAGCAAAGAAAUAUGAAUCCCUACAUGGGACCCACUGGCACGGGAAAUCUCAUGCAACCUCCACUCAAUAUGGCAACGGUAAAUGAUGAUACACCACCCUUGGACAUUAAUUUCAAUCAACAAAUCGACAUGGUUUUCAACUCCAUCAUCAAUGGCAAUGAAAUCAGCCAACCCAUUUUACGUGAUCUCUUUGGUGUGGGUGGUGGCAGCAAUGGCGGCGGCAGUAACAAUGCAGCCGGCAUGAAUGGUGACUUGCUAAUGAACAAUGUUUCCUCGUCGAAUACGCUCAUGGGCGGCAGUAAAAUGUUUCCAACUAUUGGCGGUAAUGGCCAGCAGCCAGGUGGUGGUAAUAUGCCCAAAAUGGCUGGUCCACCUAAUAUGAUGGGCAUGCCAACUCCACAACAGCAGCAACAACAACAACAACAGCAGCAGCAACAGACCGCCAAUCAUCAUGGCGGUUAUAUGACAAAUAAUGCCCUCAUGAACAACAAGGACUAUUUGAUGGGUCCUCCAGGUGGUGGUUCAAGCUCUUCGAAUUCUUCCUCGGUGCCUCUAUACAGACGCCAGGGCUUGACCAUGGGCAAUGGCCAUCAUCACCUAAAUAGUACUGGCAAUUCGAAUGCCUCUACUGGUGGACACUCCUUGUCCUCUUCGACAUCAGACAACAUGCUAACUGGCAGUCCCAAUGAUAUUUUGGCUGGCCUAACCACUGGAUCCAGUACUCUGAUCGAGGCCCUGUUUCAGCAAGAUCAACAGCAAAACAACAACACUUUGCAGAAAUUAUUGUACAAUAAUUUUAAUGCUACUGGCCUCAAAACAGACAUGGAUUUGUUUAUGGGCAAUAAUGCUUUUGUGACCGGCCUAAACGACGGCAUUAACAACACAUUUCAUACUCAAAAUUUCCAACAGCAGCAGCAACAACAACAGCAACAAGCUAAUAAUAUACCACAACAACAUCCUGCCAACAAUCCGGCAGCAAGUAGCGGAGAUAAUCGUAAUACUACUUAUGCGGCCGUCUUAAGUCAAGGACCUCAACAACAAGCUGAUGCGGCUGCUCUGCAGCAGCAACAUCACAAUCAUCAACAACACAAUUUCCCACACAACUCUAUGGUGGCCAAUCUCAGUGGCAAUGGCUUAGGUUUGGGUCUAACUGUCGGUGCAGCUGCCAACAAUGGAGGUGUUGGUGAGGCCGGAGAAAAGGAUCCUUUUGCUGCCAUACGUGAACUGGGUCAAGGUACGAAUGGUUUUUAUAAUUAUUUUCAAUAAGUAAUAAGAAUUUGGUAAAACAAGAUUUUUGCUUCAAAAAAAUAAAAGAGGCCCCUUAAAUUCUCCAUAUUAAUGGUGCUUGAAAGUUAAACUAAAUAGCUUUCUUGCUAGUGAGAGAGUAAGAGAGAGUGACAGAGACGGGGUGUAGUAGAGGAGAGAGAGACAUAAUUGUAACUUUAUUUUUUUUGGCAAACAAAAAUUGAAGUUUUUAUUUUAAAUUUAAUUCAUUUUAGAUUUUAGUUAAAUUUAUACUAUGUAUUUUCUUUUAGGCUUGAAAUUAUUUUAAUAUUAUUUUGUAUAUUAUUAUUUUUAAUUUUAGGUAUUUUUUUUUAUAAUACAAAACUUUUAAACACCAUUUUUAUUUAGAAUUUCAAGGCGGCCCUUUUUAAAAGUUAAAAAAUCUUGUUAUUUGAUUUUUGUGUUAAGUCGUUAAAUGACUUUAUUUAAAUGUUCUCUUUUUUGAUUAUGAAUUAUUAUUAAAAUAAUUUAGUUAUUUAAUAUGUUUAACUAAACAUUAAUAUAAAAUGAUACAUAUAAA